AUGGUGCUCCCAGAUGCCUGGGUGUUGGACCCCUCCAGCCGGGCCCCCUACACCAACGUUACACGCUGGUUCCUGACCUGCGUCAACCAACCCCAGUUCCAGGCUGUGCUGGGGCAGGUGAAGCUGUGUGAGCAGGCGGCGGGGGGUGACACCCCCAAACCGGGGACCAAGGAACCCGCGGUGCCUGCAGAAACGGGGCCGGCAGCUGAGUCAGCCCCUGCUCCCGGGGAGGCCCCGACCAAGAGCGCCUCCCAGCUGAAGAAAGAGGCGAAAAAGAAAGAGAAGCUGGAGAAAUUCCAGCAGAAGAAAGAGAAAAGCCAACAGCAGCAGGGCGAGGUGAGAGAAUCGCAGCUGAUUUGGGGGGGGCUGGCUCGGGGGGGGGGUCUCACCUUCUCUCUUCCUGCAGACGAGGAGGUGGUGGUGGCGACGACCCGGGUGGAGACCAUGCUGGGGGACACGGCCGUGGCUGUGCACCCGCAGGAUCCCCGCUACCAGCAUCUGCAUGGGAAGCAUGUCGUGCACCCCUUCACCGGGCGGCGCCUGCCCGUGGUCUGCGACGACUUCGUGGACAUGGGCUUCGGGACCGGCGCUGUGAAGAUCACCCCAGCCCACGACCACAAUGACUACGAGGUGGGGCAGCGCCACGGUCUGGACUUUAUCACCAUCAUCGAUGACAGCGGCUGCCUCAUCAACGUGCCCCCUCCUUUCCUGGUAUGGGGAGGGGGAGCGGUGGGCUGGGUGGGGGAGCUUACGGAGCUGGACGGGCCCCAAGGCUGGAUUGGUGAUGCCAGCUGUGAGGCAUCAAACUGCAGGAGAGGACUCCUGGGUCUGACCUAGGGUAGGGGAUACUGG